AUGUAUGAUGAGAAGAAUUCUGACAAAUCCCUCGAGCGAGUCCCGUCCCAGAACGGCGACGUCGUGGAGGGCGCACAUGAUGCUGUCUUUGGAGAAAUUACUGGCGAGGGCCCAAACUACCGCAAUGUCGGCUGGCUCGGAACUGCGGUCCUCAUGAUGAAAACCCAGAUCGGUUUGGGUGUCCUCUCCAUCCCCGUCGCCUUCGAUGCUCUCGGUGUCGUACCAGGUGUUAUCUGUCUGAUUGUCAUCGCCGGAAUCACCACAUGGUCCGAUUUUAUCGUCGGUAGCUUCAAACUGCGGCAUCGGGAGGUGUAUGGUAUCGAUGAUGUGGGAUAUUUGCUGUGUGGAGUUCCGGGACGGAUUGUUCUCGGAACUGCAUUCUGUCUCUGGUGGAUUUUUGUGGCUGGCUCUGGAAUGCUGGGCAUCUCCAUCGGGCUGAAUGCCGUGAGUGAUCACGCAACUUGUACCGCGGUCUACGUUGCAAUUGCUUUCAUUGUUUCAUUUGUCCUGGGUAGCAUCCAGACCCUGGGACGUAUCUCAUGGAUUGCCUGGCUGGGCCUGUUCUGCAUCCUUACUUCGAGUAUGUUUCCAAGUGCCCUUUCCUUCACUUGGCUUUCCGUCGCCGUUGCAGAACCACAAUCUAACCCUCGACAUCUAGUUCUCAUCGUGACUGUCGCCGUGGGCAUUCAAGACCGCCCAGCCGCCGCACCCAAGGACACUGUCUGGGUUCCAGACUACAAGAUCGCUAACAACCCCUCCUUCACCGAUGCCAUCUCCGCCAUUUGCACCCUCGUUUUCGCUUAUGCCGGUACCCCGGCAUUCUUCUCCCUUGCGUCGGAGAUGCGCGAGCCUCGCCAUUUCAACAGAUCCCUCAUCAUCUGCCAGUCGGUUGUCACGGGAUUCUACCUUGCCAUCGGUGUGGUGAUUUACUAUUACUGCGGCUCCUAUGUCUCGUCUCCCGCUCUUGGCUCGGGUGGACCCGUAGUGAAGAAGGUCAGCUACGGGUUUGCGCUUCCGGGCCUGCUGGCGAGUACAUUGCUCUUCAUCCACAUUACGGGCAAGUAUCUCUUCGUCCGCAUCCUCCAAGGAUCUCGCCACCUUUCGUCAAAUACCAUGACACACUGGGUGGUCUGGAUCGGAUGUACCUUUGGCGUCGGCUUGAUCUCAUAUAUCAUUGCCAGUGCCAUUCCGGUGUUCAGUGAUCUUGUCUCCCUUGUCGGUGCUUUGCUUGGUACCCCCAUGUGCUUCCAGCCCAUGGGUGGCAUGUGGCUGUAUGACAACUGGAGCAGGAGCAAGAGGUCGCUCACAUGGUACCUGAUGGUCGCCUGGUGCGUCUUCGUCAUCGUGGCUGGAACCUUUUUGAUGAUCGGAGGAACCUACGGGUCUGUUAUGCUCAUCAUUAAGAGCUAUCAGGAGUCGGGUGGUUCGGCUGCCUGGUCAUGCGCUGAUAACUCAACUAGCUAG